GAACAAACACACCCUAAAACAGCAAAUAAAGUAUUAACAAAACAAGGAAAAACAAGUGGACGAGGAAAGUUAAUGGCUCAGUUGAAUGGCCAAGCCAUGACGUCUCUGCUCCUCUCUCCGCCGUCGCUCCUCCUCCGCCGCCGCCGCGCAGCCCAAAUUCUGCCGACCGGCCGUCCUGCUAACUCCUUUUCCCGCUUCAAAGCUUCAUGGCAAGAGGUCGCCGGAGUUUUGGUGUUCUCAGCGAUUCCUUUCACGGCGGUGAAAGCUAUCGCCAACAGUCCGCUCGGUGCGGCGCUGCAGAGACGAAUGGAGGAGAAGAAGCAGUUUUAUAAGGAUAACUCUUCCAAGUUGAAGGCGCUCUCUGAGAAGGCCAAAACAGAAAGCUUGUGGUAUGGGGAGAAUCGCCCUCGCUGGCUCGGUCCAAUCUCGUACGACUAUCCAGGCUACCUCUCCGGUGAACUUCCCGGCGACUACGGUUUCGAUAUAGCAGGUUUGGGUGAGGAUCCCGUGGCUUUGCAGAAAUACUUCAACUUUGAAAUACUGCAUGCAAGGUGGGCUAUGCUUGCUGCACUUGGUGUUUUGAUUCCAGAAAUAUUAGACCUAACAGGAGCAUUUCAGUUUGUCGAGCCUGUUUGGUGGCGGGUGGGCUACUCGAAGCUUAAGGGGGACACAUUGGACUACCUCGGCAUCCCUGGUCUCCAUGUAGCAGGAGGUCAGGGAGUGAUUAUAAUUGCUAUUUGUCAAGCACUUUUAAUGGUAGGUCCAGAAUAUGCACGAUAUUGUGGCAUCGAAGCUCUGGAGCCUCUAGGGAUUUAUUUGCCUGGUGAUAUAAAUUAUCCGGGAGGUGCGCUUUUCGACCCCUUAAACCUUUCUAAAGAUCCCUACACCUUUGAGGAACUAAAAGUUAAAGAGAUUAAGAAUGGUCGAUUAGCUAUGGUUGCCUGGUUAGGAUUUUAUGUUCAAGCAGCUGUUACAGGCAAAGGGCCUGUACAGAAUCUCCUAGAACACAUAGCAGAUCCGUUCCAUAAUAAUCUACUUUCGACUAUAAAAUUGCUGUAGAAGAUUUUGUCAAUACUGAACCUAUCUAAACCUUAAAGUUAUAUACAUAGUCGAGCACGCUUUCCCCCA